UAUGGCUGCCCGCCCGUGCACUCUUUUUCGUCUCAGCGUGUCGUAAACGAUAUGGUACGAAGCUCAAGUGAAAGGUACGGGUUUUCAAGAAAAAAGAAUGGAAGUCGGCCAUUUCUGUUUUGUUCUGGUUCUGUCGUCUCGUGGGGGCCAAAUGCAGGAGCAAGCUACAAGUUCUAUUGCCGCAAGCUCUCUGCCUUCGAGCAGUGAGAAGUCUUCAAGUUCUGCUCUCCAUGUUGAAGUAAAAGAAGGUAUUGAGAGUGACGAGGAGAUCAGACGGGUGCCGGAGAUCGGCGUUGAGACCGCUGGACCGUCAGCGUCUCGUCCAGACUCCGGUUCAGGUGCGGCUACAGACCGGGUUCAAGGGGCAGGGGAGGGCCAAAGGAAGAGAGGGAGAAACUCAGCUGACAAAGAAAGCAAGCGGCUAAAGAGUGGUGGGGUAUGUAAAUGGAAUAGGCUUCUGAGGAACAGAGUUUCAGCGCAGCAAGCUAGGGAAAGGAAGAAGGCAUACCUGAUUGAUUUGGAAACCAGGGUUAAAGACUUGGAGAAGAAGAAUUCAGAGCUGGAAGAGAGGCUGUCCACUUUACAGAACGAGAAUCAGAUGCUUAGACAUAUACUGAAGAACACGACGGCAAGCAGGAGAGGAGGCACUGGUGCUGAAGGAACCAUGUGAGAUACUAAAUAUAUAUAUUUAGAGGAACGUAUAGAGAGGAAGAUAAAGGAAGAGAUAGGAAAUUUGAAAGAGAAAAGAAAUACAAGUGAAAAAGCAGCUGAAAGAAAGAACUAGCUGUGCGUUGGAAUGUCGUGAUCCUGCCUUGUUUACAGUCUGGUAUCUGAUGGGAGUUUCAUCGUAUACGUUUCAAUUUCUCAACCACUUCUUUCGCCUUCGCAAAUUCAGAUGGGCCACCCUUUUUUUUUUUUUUUUUUAAGUUUUGACUAACCUCAACGAUUUUUGCAAAUCAAGAUACUAUUAACCAUGGCACUGUGAUCUGUCGGUGAUGUUGGGUGGUGAGUCCCUAAGUAUCAAUGAUUGUCUCCCAUGAAACGAAUUUGUUGGGGGACCCCGAAA